AAAUUCCGUCGCCUACAAAAUUUUCAUCGCUCUCAUAAUAUAAAGCUUAGAGCCUUUUUGAAGCUAUGAGUGCGUGCUUAGUUUAAGCCAGGCGCAAAAUAGCAUCAACCACCACUGCUAUGCUCGGUGUACUCUGUGCACGCCCAAAGCCUUGGAUCCUCUCCUCUCUCACCCACUUCUACGGCUCGCCUGCUCACCACACCCGACUGCAUACUCCGAUACACUUCGGCGAUUCCUCCAUCUCCUCUCGACAGCGCCAUCACUCCAGCGCUUGUCGUCUCAUCUCCUCCAGUGGCCCUGUCGCCUCCAUAUGGCAUGCGAUCCAGCCAUCAGGAUUUAAUGGGAGGAGUAAUGUACGGCAGCUGGUGGCUGAGCCCAGAGGAGAAGGAUCGUGGAACGUCGCGUGGGACGCAAGGCCUGCUCGUUGGCUCCAUCGUCCUGACUCUGCUUGGCUACUGUUCGGCGUUUGUGCGUGCCUAGCGCCUAUUGAUUUUUGGGCCGACUCUAAUGCCGAGAGCGUUGCUGGUGAUCCGAAGACUGAUUCAAGUGGGAUUUACGGUUCUGAUGUGAAAAAUGACAAUUCUGCUGAUUUUAAGGUCACAGGAGUGCUGGCUGAUGGGAGAUGCUUGUUUAGAGCAAUAGCUCACAGUGCUUGUUUGAGAAGUGGUGAAGAAGCCCCUGAUGAAAAUCGCCAAAGAGAACUUGCUGAUGAAUUAAGAGCUCAAGUGGUGGAAGAGCUUUUAAAGAGGCGUGAAGAAACUGAAUGGUUUAUAGAAGGAGAUUUUGAUGCAUAUGUCAAGAGAAUUCAACAACCUUAUGUAUGGGGUGGAGAACCUGAGUUGCUCAUGGCUUCACAUGUUCUGAAGACUAUGAUAUCAGUCUUCAUGAUAGAUAGAUCAUCAGGUAAUUUGGUAAGCAUAGCAAACUAUGGUGAAGAGUAUCGGAAAGAUGAAGUGAAUCCCAUUAAUGUGCUGUUUCAUGGAUAUGGUCAUUACGACAUAUUGGAGACCUCGGCCCAGAGUUACCAGGAAGUGAACAUGUAGAAAUUAGGUAUGGUUAAUAAAAAUAAUUGCAUCCCUUGAAAUAAUGCUGCAAGGAGUUCAGUUUACUCAUGCUGUAUAGUUUCAGCAAAAUUACAAUCUGUCUGAAGUUUGAUGGAUUUAUUGCAGCAACCAAGCUCAAUUCGAGCCAUAGGCUUGUUAAAGUUUUGUAGUUUCCAGGAUUGUUCUUACAAUUUUUAAAUUCAAUCAACACAUCAAGUUGGUAAAUUUGCUUUA